GUCCUGUGGCAUUGAUCUCUGCUGCAGCCAGCCAGCUUCCACAGUGAUAUAAAGCCCUAAUAUGCACGCUGUUGUUACCUCCCAGCUACUCUGGAUGUUGUACUGGAGCAUGGAACCACACCAUAGGGGUUCAGGUGAUGUAUCACCAAUCAGCAUGUCUCCCAUCAGUCAGUCACAGUUCAUUCCACUUGGGGAAAUCCUUUGCCUGGCCAUCUCAGCCAUGAACUCUGCCCGAAAACAAGUCACGCAAGAAGCACUAAUGGAGCACCUAACAACUUGCUUCCCAGGAGUUCCAACACCCAGCCCUGAAAUCCUUCGGCACACCUUGAAUAUGCUUGUACGGGAGAGGAAAAUAUACCCCACUCCGGAUGGUUAUUUCAUUGUAACCCCACAGACUUACUUCAUAACACCCUCUCUCAUAAGAACUAACAGUAAGUGGUACCAUUUGGAUGAGAGGAUACCUGACAGGUCUCAAUGUACCUCUCCACAACAAGGAACUGUAACUCCCUCCACUUCGGGAUGUGUCAGGGACCGAACACUACCCAAAAACCACUGCGACUCCUGCCACUGUUGCAGAGAAGACAUGCACAGCAUGCAUGCCUCUACCCUACAGAGGAAAUCAGCAAAGGACUGUAAAGACUCGUUUUGUCCUCCUUCGCUAUGUCAGGUCCCACCUACUGAGAAAAGUAAAAGUACUGUCAAUUUUUCUUAUAAAGCAGAGACACUCACAAAGCCCAAGGAUGUAGAAAAGCAGUCAAAGAAAUUCGGACUCAAAUUAUUCCGAUUAAGUUUUAAGAAGGACAAGACAAAACAGUUGGCAAAUUUCUCUGCACAGUUUCCUCCGGAGGAGUGGCCGCUAAGGGACGAAGACACCCCUACCACUAUACCCAGAGAGGUAGAAAUGGAGAUUAUCAGGCGCAUUAACCCAGACUUGACUGUGGAAAAUGUCAUGAGGCACACUGCACUAAUGAAGAAACUUGAAGAAGAAAAAGCUCAACGAAGCAAAGCUGGAUCUUCAGCUCACCACAGUGGACGAAGUAAAAAAAGUAGGAAUCACAGAAAGUCUCAUGGGAAAUCGAGGUCACACAGUAAGACUCGGGUGUCCAAGGGAGACCCAUCUGAUGGUUCUCAUUUGGAUAUACCUGCUGAAAGGGAGUAUGAGUUUUAUGAUCCCUUGACUCGGUCCCCACGGGAAGGCUGUUUUAUAAUAGAGCACAAGGGAGAUAAUUUUAUAAUGCACAGCAACCCUAACAUGAUUGAAUCUCACUUUCCCAUGACACCAGAGUGGGAUGUGUCUGGUGAGCUGGCCAAAAGAAGAACUGAAAUGCCUUUUCCUGAACCUUCCAGAGGAAGCUCCCACUCCAAGGUGCAUCGGAGCCACAGCCAUACACAGGAUAGAAGAUCAAGGAACGAGAGGUCCAGUAAGGCCAAAGAAAGGUCUAGAUCUAUGGAUAACUCCAAGGGACCUCUGGGCUCUGCUACUUUGGGCACACCUGAAGACAUAGGUGAAGGCUGUAGCCCAGAUGACCAAACAACUAGCCAAACUUACAUCGACGAUAGUACCUUAAGGCCAUCUCAGUCACACAGUCAUCAAAGGGCUCUGAUUUCAUCUGCAGGCUACAAAGAGACUUGCAUCCCCGAAAUAGUUAGUGGCAGCGUAGAAACCCCCAGUUCUUGUAGCCUGUUGGAACAAAACAAGCCGGCAGAGAGUUUGCCGUCGUACAGCGAGCUCAAUUCCUGCACAACGAAGUCUGCCGUCGAGGACUAUUUUCAGUGCAACACGUCCAGCGAGACCGUGCUCACUGCCCCGUCACCGCUGGGGAAGAACAAAGAGGAUCACGACACCCUGACUGUGGUAGAUGGGCUCAAGAAGAUGACUCCCUCAGAAAGACAAUCUCAACAUGGUGCCAGGGAGCCUGGGGUGCACAAAGAGGAGUCCCCAAAGGCUCCAAGCAGCGGCUCAGCAGUUGCCGGCCAAACUCCAGAGGUGAUCGCAAAUGGACGGCUGGUUCAGCACCAUAACACUGAAUCGAGCAGCCUUGAUAAAAGGAAAGAAAUAUUUAGCAAGGAUACGCUCUUCAAACCUCUGCACAAUACUCUUUCUGUGAAUAGUUACCAUAAGUCUAGCACACCCCUGCUUAAGCCCCAUCAAAAGAGCCCCUCUGACACGUUGCCAGUCAGAUGUGAGAAACUUGAACAAGCGAUAGUAACCUCAGUCACACAAGUCCUGCCCGUUUCACAGAGACAGCAAGAGACAAGUGGGAACCAGGAGGCCUCCUUCGACUACUACAAUGUGUCUGAUGACGACGACUCGGAGGAAGGAACAAACAAAAACGCCGAGGAGGAGAAGAAUAGGGAUGAUGUUGGCACUAUGCAGUGGCUGCUGGAGAGGGAAAAAGAAAGGGAUCUGCAGCGAAAGUUUGAGAAGAAUCUUACUCUUCUCACCCCGAAGGAAACGGAAAAUAGCAACAACCAGAGAGCCACCCAUUCGGCUCGCCUGGACAGCAUGGACAGCAGCAGCAUUACUGUGGACAGCGGGUUCAACUCUCCACGUACUCGCGAGAGCCUGGCAUCCAACACUUCGAGUAUUGUUGAAAGCAACCGGCGGCAGAACCCGGCUCUGAGCCCGGCGCACGGCGGCGCGGGGCCAGCGUUCACCUUCCGCGCGAGCAGCGAGGCGCCGCCGAGCGAGGCCGAGAAGCUGCAGAAACCGGCCAGCUGCCUGCAAGCCUCCGUCACUAGUGUCUGAGGGCCGCGCUGCCUCACGCCUCCGGUCUCGUCCUAUACCGCAAAGUUUACGACACUGGGACUGAUGUUUACAUCUUUGGGGGAAAAAAGCAUCUCGACCACAGUUUGAGUGCUUACUUGAGCUGUGCUGCUAUGUAGACUAGGAGCAACAAAGAAAUCUUUAUUUCAAGGUAUUGCUUUUCACGUUUGCGGCUCUGUAGCAACAGAAUAGCAGUAGGGAUAAUAUGUACACUUUUUGCUUCACUUAAUUGUAACUGAGCACAUAUAUGAAAGUCUAGACACUGUAAGUGUAAUCUGCAUUUUCAAUGUCCAUGCAGUUGCCAACUUCAAAAAAAAAAA